UCAGGACGAGAGAAGGUAACUGUUACCAAAAGAGUGUCAGAUGAAACCCAGCUACCAGUUCGUCAACAGUACGUCCACACUGAAAUAACUCCAAACGCAGGCAGGUGGUUACAUGACGGUCAAAGACGAAGCCUCAGACAGCAUUUUUAAUCGUCCAAGGAUAUUUUCGCUUAACCCAGACAAAGGAAUUGAUAAAGUUGGAGCUUCCUUUUUUUUUGCUAUGCUUUACUGCAAGCACAUGUUAUGGAAGGAGGGCCCAUAAACUAAAGGAGAACAAACCAAGCAGCCCAAAGUAACCCAAACCUCGAUCGUCACUUCUCAACUGGAUGAAAUGCCUUGACCUUACUGCCCCGUACCAUGGCAGGUUUAGUCUCCUCUGCGUGUUUGGUGGUGAUGCUCAAGGCUCUUAUGCAUGCCCAUGGCCAGCAUGUAGUGUUUCUGGGAAUGACGGUGUUAGUAACAGUGAUCGCCGCUGACUCACCUGUUGCAGAUAAUUCACACCACGACAUAGGAUUUCUUGGAGAUGUUCCAAGUUCAACAAGGUCAUCACCAUCAGCCUUACCAGCCUCACAUCAUACUGCCUUUGAGAGCACAGACUCACCUGGUGGCCUGCCAUCCAUUUUGGAACCAAACUAUGAAGUUAGGACGGCUGACAUCACACAUUCUGAAAACUCAAAAUCCUUCACAGCAAGUGACCUCCUUGCAGAAGAACCACUUCCUCUUUCCUCUCCAUCAUCAAACCCCUUCGAACCUGUAUUGGGGUCUAGUCCACAAUUUGAGGCACCUGCUAAACUUACCACGGACUGGAAGCUGACCAGAACAAAUUUGGCCCAGCAAUCUUCCUUUCUUUCUCCAACUUCUCCCCAAUUCCAGCCUCAGUCAAAUAUAUCCGAAACAUCAAUAAGCACCUCUGCUUUUACAAGGUCAGCAACACCUCAGCUAGGUCUUAAUUCUGAGCAGAAAGAAACUUUCACCAAGCAGCUGGGUGGUGCAUCAGAGCAAACACUGGCAAUCAUGACCUCACUUCCUAGUCAGCCUCUUGAGCCCCCUAAACUAGAUUUCACUGAAUCUCUGGCAGAUGAAUCUUACAGUAAAAUACUGGAUUUGAACCAGCUGAGCCCCAGCAGUGCCCCCAUGGAGGCAAAGGAAGCACCCCGUGACAUAAACAUGCUACCCAACCCAGAUCAGAUUCUGGCCCCUGGCUACUAUGUGCCUUUCAUUGCACCCCACCCUUCAUCGCCUUCAUCUAAACCCACAGAGAUCUCUCCAGAGGACUUCUACCCCACCAACACCAUGGACUUUGACUGGGGGUCUGGGGACUACUUGGAAACAAUGUCAUUCUUAAAUUCAGAUGGAGAGGAUUACUCUCUGGUCACCAAGGUGCCCUCUGACUCGUAUGAUCUGGAGGACUAUACAGAAAGCUAUGACACAUCUUUCCCUUCCAGAGUGGGCAUAUCCCCUUCAUCCUUGAAUCCUCUUCAUGUCUCACCUUCUCCCAGCCUCAUGACAACAUACAGCACUGUUGUUCCUCUAAAAUCCAUUUCUCUUUCCUCUACAACUCACUAUACACUGGAACCUACUCCCACAGCUAACAGUGAUAUGGCUGAUGCAUCAGACAUAGAUUGGCUCGAUACUUUCACAAUUCAACCGACAGAUGUCCUCUUACCUGACAUGAACAGCUUGGAGUAUUACACCACUCAGUUGACCAAAGAGAACAACAGUUCAGACGCUGGAGCUGAACAUAGAGGGAAUGUUACCGUGGUGUCCAUCAGUGCAACAAAUCUCACACCCACCAGCAGCUUCACUAAUGAUACCAAAUUGACUGAGGACGAGUCCUCCAGUGACCUGUCAGGGUUUGAGCCACAUGAUGAACCAACCAUAGUAGUAACCACAGAGGAGAGUCCUCAGCUCAUUAAUGCCACUGAGCCAUUUCUGGAUCCUUCCAUAGCCUCAACCCAUUUUUUUGAUCCCUCCUCUUCCACCUUGGGUGGUCAGGUGUCCACCACAGAUUGGUCUUCACCUACACUAACUGUUGGUCUGGACAGAACUGUAUUAAUAGAAACUAUGCUACUCAGUGCCACGCCAUUGCUGCCAGAUGAUGUAAUGUCUUCCUCCUCUCUGACAGAUGUCCAUUGGUUUGUUACAGAGUCAUUCCCACAGAGUACCAUACACACCACUCCUGUCUUAACUGUAACCAUAGCCUUCGCCCCUGUUCCUACUGAACCUGCUGCCAACACCACUGCUGGUACAACAGAACUAACUCCCCAAGACUCUACUUUAACAACUGAAAAAACUCUUAAUGUCACUUUAGUUUCAACUGAACCCACAUCGAAUGUCCCCCCAGUCGUAUUGGGUGAUCAGGGGGUGACUGAAGAUGGAGUUGACAUCCCAGCCACAGUGACCUUGAUCUCAACUAGCAGUGAAGCUAAUACAGUCUCUGCUGUACCCACAACUACAACUGACACCACUACUUCUCAUCAAGCCACAAGUAGAACCACUGCCACCACUGAAGCCUCAACUAGUGUCAAAAUCAUCUCUACCACCACCACAACUACAGCACCGACAUCAAGACAGUACCUCUGCAACUUUGAAAAGCCUGAGUAUUUAGUAGAAAUUGGCUUUCCUUCCGGGGCCACUGUUGGAUAUGCCAAAUCUCAAGUGAGAGAUAUUCUAAAAGGGGAAUUCAACAAGUCAGUGGAACUACAGGUUGUGAACCCCCCACCAAAGUUUGUGUUUCGGGUGGUGUCUGGUCCAGUUGUGUACACAGCCAUAUCUGUCGUCAAUGCUCUGCGAAGGUCUGUGCGCCGCUUCCUAUCUGUGUCUCCUAACUGGACAACACCAGACAGUAAAUAUCAAAUCCACACAGUGCUGCAGUUUGUUCCCAGUCAUAUAGAUGUGCGGUUCUGCAACUUCAGUGAGAGCAUUGAGAAAGGUUUGACCAUGGCAUUUGCAGAAGUGCGUCGACGCUCAAAGGACUCAACCAACUUCACAGUGCAUAUUGUAAACAUCACCAUGGCCGCUCCUAAAUAUCAGGAACAAUGGUUAGUGAGGCAGCCGGUGGACAUCACCUUCACUGUGCGCAGUUCAAGGGGUUAUUUGAUGGGGUCAGAGGUCAGCAAUGCUCUGAUGAAGCUCACAGUUGUGGAAUUCAGCUAUUACAUGGGCUUUCCAGUACUGCAGAUUGCGGAGCCUUUCCAUUACCCAGAGUUGAACACCAGCCAUUUGCUUCGCUCCUCCUGGGUCAGAACAGUGCUCCUGGGUGUGCUGGACCAGAAAGUGAAUGAGAGGAUCUUCCAAGCCAGCAUGGAGCGUCGGGUGGCCAUGUUACUCGGGGAGGCAAUGGGAUUAGUCAGACGUGUAAGGAGAGCAACCACUAUAGGAAACAGCAGUGUUCAGGUUGUAAGUACGAGCCGUCUGGUGGGUGUGGACCAUCCCUUGGAGAUAGUGUAUUUUGUGGAGGGUCCCAGUGGUCAGAGGAUGCUUGCAGUUCAAGCAGCCAACCUACUCAACAGCCUGGAUGUUCAAAGGGCUGCCAUCAUCUUGGGUUAUCGUGUCCAGGGCAUUUUGGCACAGCCUGUGGAGAAGGUUGCGUCCUCACCCUCUGACGCUGAGAACAACAACAUGUGGAUCGUCAUUGGGGUGGUGAUUCCACUCCUUGUGGUCAUCGUCAUCAUUUCCAUCCUGUACUGGAAACUGUGUCGUACAGACAAGCUGGAGUUCCAGCCCGACGCCAUGACCUCUAUCCAGCAGAGACAGAAGUCUACUACCUCAUUCAGAGAAUCAAGGACCUCUCUUCACCAGAUACUCCCUCCAACUAAAAAGGACAUAGAGUUUAGUGAGGGGGAGUAUGAGGAAGAGGAAGAGGAGUAUGAAGAAGAAGAGGAGGAGGAGGAAGAGGAGGAGGAGGAGAGACCAGCUCCUCUCAAGAGCAAACACAGUAUGAGCAGUGAGGAGGACGAAGAAGAAGAAGAAGAGGAGGAAGAGGAGGAAGAAGAAGAAGAAGAAGAAGAAGAGGAGGAGGAGGACGAAGAUGAGGACAAAGAUCAGGAAAGGGAGAGCUUUAAACAGAAAGGAAUUAAACCAGAUGAGCAAAGGAGACAAGAGAGGAAAGCAAUGAUAAUGAAAACAGGAGAGAUGGAGAAAGAAGACAAAAUGAAAGUGUUAACUAAAGGAAGGAAAGCAAUGGCAGAGUUGCAGGCUCCCAGUGUGAAAGGCUUUGACUUUGCCAAGCUGCACCUUGGCCAGCAGAGUAAGGAUGAUGUCAUGGUGAUUCAGGAGUCUGUUCCGCCAGGGUCUGGCCCUGGACCCCUGCCCAUGUCCAUUAAAGAGGGCCUCACUCCAUCUGAGAACGGCGACAUCCCCACUCCCAUAUCCAAAACCUCAGCCUCCUCUACCAAGGCAUCCCGCAGCGGUCGGAGGCGAGAGAGGAUCUCGCCGUCCGACGGUGACUCGGUAGUAAGUGAGCGUUCCAGUGAGCAGGAAUCAACUGAGAACCUCAGAGCCCACGCCACACCCAGCGACAGCAAGCAGACCCGUAAGGUCCCCAUCAAUGUUUUAAAUGGUCCUCCUCCUAUGAAUGGUACAAAUGAGCAACUGUCAUCAGCUUCCAUCUUUGAACAUGUUGAUCGGAUUUCUCGUGCCACAGAUGCAAGCAGGAGACUCCCCAAUAAAGUCCAGCUUAUCGCCAUGCAGCCAAUGCCUGUCCCACCUCUACACAGCCCACCCAUCAAUGGCAAAGUUUCUGACCCCAACCAAAUCAAUAAAGAGAUUCAGGUGGCAUUGAGGCACAAGUCAGAGAUAGAGCACCAUCGUAACAAGAUUCGUCUGCGUGCCAAGAGGAAGGGCCACUACGACUUCCCCACCAUGGAUGACAUGACAAGUGGCCUCGGAGAGGCGAAGGACCAGGACCGCAUCUAUCAGAAAGCACAGAUACAGAUCGAUAAGAUCCUGGACCCGGAUGCCCACAUGUCCUCCAUCUUCAUGGGAUCCAAGAAGAGUGGUCGGGGGAGACGCUCUCCCAAACAGAGGAUGAAGGAGCAGCUGAAUGGAGGCAUGAUGGAAGCAGACAAAGAUCACCUGAUCACUGAAGACAGUGAUGCUGCAUACAGAAAGUGUCCUGGAGUCAACAAUGUGGCCUACGUAUCGGACCCUGACCAAGGCCCAGGAUCCCCUCACAGGAGCCCUUCCCCCACCGAUGACGUCUUCCUUGGUCCCGCUUCCUCUCCUCCAGGCCAUGCCCCUCCCCCACCUCCCUACUUGCCCCCACAGCCCUCCAUUGAGGAGGCGCGGCAGCAAAUGCACUCCCUGCUGGACGAUGCCUUUGCCCUAGUGUCGCCUACCUCUCAGGGCAGCACUGCAGGGAUCACUCUCCCAGGGGUCAAUGCCAACCCUUCUGGCUCCAGCCCUCCAGGACGUGGCCCCAGACCUUGGGGUCCCUCCUACCAAGCUCUUGGCCCUUUCCCUGGUAGGUUCACUGAGCUAAGCAUGUCCCCUGCUUCUAUCCAAGGUCUGACACCAAGGCAGGGCCAUGGCUCGAGCUGCCUGCCACCAGGAGAAACAGUCGUCCAAUGUGAGCAGCUUCAGCCAGAAAGCCUGUACUCCAGCAGGGGCCUCUAUGCUGAUGAGCUCCCCUCAUCUGCCAGGCCGCGACCAGUUGGGGGAACUACAGGCGCCCAUCUCCAUCAUCUUACACAGGUGGGAUUGUCCAGCCGGCUGAACGGUUACCCAGCAGGGGUCAGGGCUGCUUCAGGCCAGAACGGAGGCAUUGGCUGGAACCACUACCAAGAUGACAAUUUCUCCAGGACAGAGCCUGAGAAAGAUGCAACACCCAGAAGUGGCAUCAGGGAGCCUUCGGCACCCCCUGCCCACCUAGACAUCCCAGGAUUGGGCUAUAUGUCAGCCCCACCUCCCCUGGAUACAUCUCCUCCUACCCACUCCUCUGCCUCCCUGAUCAAGGCCAUCAGGGAAGAGCUGUUGCGUCUCUCCCAGAAACAGGUGGCUGUGCCCAGCUACCACAGCUGAAGCCCCGCCCUCCAGUCUGUAGCUCUAACCAGUCAUGCCACUGACCCUGCCUGCCUGCUUUGCCUAAUCUGACAAUACUUCCCAUGGAAGUCCCCGAGGGUGUACAGCAGAGAGAUAGUCCUGCUAAACUGAAGUGAAGAGGUGGUUAAUAGAGAUUUCUACCCAAGGAGGCUGCUGAAUGACAGGACGGUUGAUUCAGCUCCUAGACUAUUCAGAGUAAAGAAUAUGAUCAACAGCAGUAUGUCAAAUCAGAACAGUGAAAUGAAAUGAAGAGCAAUAUGAACAGUAUAUGCUGGGCCUUUUAAAAUGAGAUGACAGGUCUGGACUGCCCAUGUGUCUGUCCUGCACUUCACUGUGGAUCAGGGAAGGAUCAUGCCAAGUCCCACCCACUGUGGAUCCACAUUCGGGACUUAUUUGAGAUUUUGCUGAAUUUCUUCGGACUCAGUAUUCUGGGUCAUGGUUUCAUUCUCAUGCUGCCUUCACUAAACAGAAAUACCCCCUAAGACAUGUCAUUUUAAGAAAUUUCUAAACUACCGUAUAGGCGAUUGUUGUUUUCCCCAUGCAGGUCCUUAACCUCUUUACCACCAUCAGGUGCUACUCCAUGUUUUCUGCCAUGAUGAGCCAUGCUAUGCCUUGACACUGUGAUGUAGUUCACCCGACCCAAUCUACUGUACGAGCCUACAGUAAGGUCAUAGUUCACAGCCAGCGAGCCAGUUCAGACAGUAGGCACAAAGGGGCAUCCGUAGUAACUAAAAACACUCAUUAAAACAACCUAUUCUUUCCUUACUUACAGCUAGUAGCAGAGUUAGUCUGAGUUGAUAUCUUUUGACCUCUUGACUUACAGUAUAUACUUGUUUUUUGUGGACAAGUUGCAUUCGUGCCCUGUGUUUAUAUUUAUGUUUAGUAGCUAACAGACGGCUAGACAAACAUGAAAAAACAGCCUUGAAAUCACAUAAAUCUUCAAACCUGACUUUAGAGGCAGGUGUUAGAGAUACAGGCACAAAUGUGUGACAAAUAAUAAAUGAAGAACUUCCGUAUGUACUUGACAAUUAGGGUGUAUCGUAUGUACUCAGUAUUUGGUUAUAAUUUGAUGCACUGUAUGCAGACUACUUGGUACAGCUCAGGUCAUUCAGAAAGAGAUUCCUUGCGGACAAAUCAGUGUUAAGACAGUUGAAUAGGUCACAUGGAAGAACUGUUAACAAGGGAAGAAGAAGUCAUAGAGGCCAGUAAUCUGUUUUAUCAUUAACCUGUAUUGACAAUGUACUCAACCACCAUCUGUGUUUCAUGCAGUAUUCAAAGUUUGCUUUGCCUCCUUGUUAGCACAGGAAGGAAAAACGUGUACUGUAUUCCUUUGGAUUUACCUUGCUUCACUUUAAAUGUCUGUUAGUAAUUGUACUGGUUGGAAAUCAUUCUAGGUUACCUUUUUUAACCCUUACCCUGACAUGAUGUUUUGGGACCUGAAGUAAUAUUUUUAUUUAAAUAAAAUAAAAGAGGAAAUUAUGGAUUUUAAAAGCAGGGCUUGAAAACAUGUUUUGGAGAGUGUACCAGUAUUGUGGUGGAACUCUUCCCUACACAAGCACCAAUGUUUGGAAGUGAGUUGAAACAUGCUUCAAAUGUUACCAGAGCGUACUUUUCCAUCUUUUUUUUGGUUUGCAACGAGCCAAAAUUAAAUUUCAUCCAGCUAUUGUGUGGAGUUUCCUUUGCAAUGCAGGGAGACGGAUUAGGUUCUGGUUUUCCAUUCAACCUCUUAUGUUCUUGUUUUGUGUCACACAAUCUCACACUGUAUGCCUCCAUCUGCUGGUUCUGUACUGUAACAACAACCCAUCCACCUGUCAUCCUCAGCUCCUUUUUUUUAUUGUUGUUUUUGGUGUUGUUGAUUUGUUCAUCUAUUUGUGAAUAUUAUCUGUUGGCUGGCCCAACUUAAUGUUUGAGUUUAUGUUGCAUGUUUAUUGAAUUUCUUCUUUUUGUUUUUACGCAUGCUGUUCCAAAAUUCUUGAAAUACAAAAAAGAAACUGUCACUACAUAGCCAUAAGUCUGGGUCCAAUUUGAUGUGUUGACUCUGUCUGUGAAUCUUGGUUUUAAUUGUGUGUUGAACGUUAACACAUUAUCACCAUUACAUUAUUUGACCCGGCAGUGGCAACAGUAUAUUUUAAUUAAAACUCCAUUACAAAGGGGAA